GCUGAGUCAUAGGCUUCGAUGUCCGGGCCUGCGCUGCUGCUGCUGCUCGCGCUGUGCGGCGGCGCGAGCGCGCAGUUCUUCCAGUUCCAGCAGGGUGGCAUCAAUCUCGAGGACCUGAUGGGUGGCGCAUUUGGCGGCGGCGGUGGCGGCGGCCACCACGGCGGCGGCGGCCGAGGCGGGUACGAGGAGCUCCCGCAGGAAGAGGAGGAGGAGGAGGUGGACCUGUACGAGCGGCUGGGCAUCCAGCCCGAGGCGACCGACCGCGAGAUCAAGAGCGCCUACCGCAAGCUCUCUGUCCAGCUCCACCCGGACAAGAAUCCCGACGGCUCGACACUGGGCCGCUUCCGCGAGGUGACCGAGGCGUAUGAGAUCUUGGCUGACAAGGAGAGGCGCGUGCUGUACGACUUUGGCGGCAUCGGCGCCGCGCGCAAGGGGGCGCAGGAGCAGGAGGGGGGCGGCUCGCCCUUCGACAUGUUCUUCGGGGGCGGCGGCGGGAGGGAGCAGUCGAACCGUGGCCGAAACACCGAGAUUGACUUGCCGGUGACGCUGGAGGACUUGUACAUGGGCAACGAAAAGUCAGCCACCAUCAAGCGGCGGAUCGUCUGCCGAAACUGCAAAAAGAAGCCGAACGUGCCGCGCUGCCAAGGGUGCGGCGCCUGUCCAAAGGAGAAGAAGAUGGUCCACCGGCGUGCGGGGCCGGGCAUGAUAGUGCAGCAGGAGGUGAUGGUGGAGUCGAAGGAGAAGUGCAAGCGCGAGGAGAAGUCGCUCAAGGCGACGAUAGAGAAGGGGAUGCCCGACUCGGAGCAGAUCACCUUCAAGUACGAGUCCGAGCAGAAGCCCGGCCAGAUACCGGGCGACGUCGUCUUCAAGCUGAAGCCGGUGGCGCACAAGUUCUUCAAGCGCAGCCGAGAAACGCUUUCAAAGAAGAGGGGGAUCCCCCUCCGGGUCGACUUCCCGCCCACCCUCGACGCGGAGCUCGCAGCUGGGCUCGAGCAGCUCUUGCCGCCCGCCGGGCCGUCUGACAUCCGCAUAGGCUGAGACGCGGUGCCUAUGAGGCCUGCCCGCUCAGGGCGAGAGGGAGAGAAGCGCCGGUGCUGCCCCGCUGCCUUUGCGGCUCUCCAGCCUCGGCGCCGCCCCUCGCCGCGCCGCGUGAGGGCGGCAGCUCCGCCCUCUGCGCCUGCCCGCGAGGCGCCGAGAGAGGGCCGUUGUUGCACACCGGACUGACACCGGACUGUGGCACGUCAGUGGCACGUGCGAUGGACGAGAUAGAGUUAGAGGCGGUGUGGAGCGCCGUGCGGCUCCGGGAGAGCGUGUGUGUGGUAGCUCUCCCCCCUGCAGCACGAAC